AUGUCAGCUGAAACACCAAUAAAGCUGAAUAUCAACCCUCAGGACCUGCAGGUCCAAACAUUCACCAUAGAGAAGUUAUUGGAGCCUCUCAUAAUCCAGGUCACAACACUUGUAAAUUGUCCCCAGAAUCCUUCGAAUAGGAAAAAAGGACGUUCAAAAAGAGCCAAAGUGCUUUUAGCUUCUGUGGAGGAAGCAACUUGGAAUUUAUUAGACAAGGGAGAGAAGAUUGCGCAGGAAGCCACAGUGUUAAAGCAAGAGCUUGCUGCUGCGCUUGGAGACGUCGGCAAAGAGAGUGAAGCUCUGAAAGUGUCAGCUGAGAGAUUUGCAGAUGACCCCUGUUAUCUCCCCAAAAGAGAAGCUGUGGUUCAAGUUGCCCGGGCCUUAUUGGCUGCAGUUACCAGACUCCUAAUCCUUGCAGACAUGAUCGAUGUGAUGUAUCUCUUGAAGCAUGUUUCAGCUUUUCAAAAGACAUUUGAAUCUCUUAAAAAUGUCUCCAACAAAUCUGACCUCCAGAAAACCUACCAAAAACUUGGAAAAGAAUUGGAAAAUCUGGAUUAUUUAGCCUUCAAACGUCAACAGGAUUUAAAAUCUGCAAAUCAGAGGGAUGAGAUUGCGGGAGCCAGGGCUUCUUUGAAGGAGAACUCUCCUCUCUUGCAUUCAAUUUGUUCAGCUUGUUUGGAACAUUCUGAUGUUGCUUCUCUCAAAGCUAGCAAGGAUACAGUUUGUGAAGAAAUUCAAAAUGCCCUCAAUGUGAUUUCAAGUGCUUCACAAGGCAUUCAGAGUACGCCGACCCAACAAGAACCACAGGCAGCAACCUUGGGAAGUGCCCUCGAUGAGCUUGAGAAUUUAAUUGUCUUGGAUCCACUCACAGUGACUGAGGAGCAAAUAAGACCAUCACUAGAGAAACGUCUUGAAGCCAUUAUCAGUGGGGCAGCACUGUUGGCUGACUCUUCAUGCACAAGGGAUUUCCACAGGGAGCGAAUCAUCACAGAAUGCAACGCUAUCCGCCAGGCUCUCCAGGACCUGCUAUCAGAGUACAUGAAUAAUACUGGAAAGAAGGAAAGGAGUAACACCCUAAAUAUUGCAAUAGACAAUAUGUGCAAGAAGACCAGAGACCUUCGUAGACAGCUUCGUAAAGCUAUUAUAGAUCAUGUGUCAGACUCCUUUUUGGAUACAACGGUUCCACUUUUGGUUCUCAUUGAAGCUGCUAAGAAUGGUCGGGAAAAGGAAAUAAAAGAAUAUGCUGCAAUAUUUCGUGAGCAUACAAGUAGGCUUGUAGAGGUGGCAAAUCUUGCUUGUUCCAUGUCAACAAAUGAAGACGGGAUUAAAAUUAUCCAAACUGCAGCCAAUCAUCUGGAAACCUUAUGUCCACAGAUUAUUAAUGCUGCACUUGCUUUGGCUUCAAGACCCAAAAGUCAAGUGGUCAGAAAAAACAUGGAGAUGUAUAAGCACACAUGGGAGAAUCACAUCCAUGUCCUCACUGAAGCUGUAGAUGACAUCACAAGUAUCGAUGACUUCCUGGCAGUAUCUGAGAGCCAUAUCCUAGAAGAUGUUAACAAAUGUAUAAUAGCCUUGAGAGAUCAGGAUGCUGAUAAUUUAGACCGUGCUGCUGGAGCUAUCAGAGGACGGGCUGCAAGAGUAGCUCACAUUGUCACCGGUGAAAUGGACAGUUACGAGCCAGGGGCUUAUACAGAAGGUGUGAUGAGGAAUGUGAACUUUCUCACAAGUAUUGUAAUUCCUGAGUUUGUAAAACAAGUGAACAUUGCCUUGGAAGCCUUAAGCAAAAAUUCUUUGGAUGUGUUUGAUGAUAAUCAAUUUGUGGACAUCUCAAAAAAGAUCUAUGACACAAUUCAUGAUAUCAGAUGUUCAGUCAUGAUGAUCCGGACCCCAGAGGAACUGGAGGAGGUUUCCGACCUGGAAGAGGAGCAUGAGGUCCGCAGUCAUACCAGCAUUCAAACUGAAGGGAAAACUGACCGGGCUAAGAUGACUCAACUGCCUGAGGCAGAAAAGGAAAAGAUUGCUGAGCAAGUUGCUGAUUUCAAGAAAGUAAAGAGCAAACUGGAUGCUGAGAUUGAGAUCUGGGAUGAUACAAGCAAUGAUAUCAUUGUGCUGGCCAAGAAGAUGUGUAUGAUCAUGAUGGAGAUGACAGACUUUACCAGGGGCAAAGGUCCACUAAAGCACACAACCGAUGUCAUUUAUGCAGCUAAAAUGAUAUCAGAAUCAGGAUCAAGGAUGGAUAUCCUUGCUCGGCAGAUUGCCAACCAGUGUCCAGAUCCAUCAUGCAAACAAGACUUGUUGGCCUACCUGGAACAGAUUAAGUUCUACUCUCACCAGCUGAAAAUCUGCAGUCAAGUCAAAGCUGAGAUCCAGAACCUGGGGGGAGAACUCAUCAUGUCAGCUUUGGACAGUGUCACCUCCUUGAUCCAAGCAGCCAAAAAUUUAAUGAAUGCUGUAGUGCAAACAGUGAAAAUGUCCUAUAUAGCCUCAACCAAGAUCAUCCGAAUUCAGAGUCCUGCUGGGCCCCGACACCCAGUUGUGAUGUGGAGAAUGAAGGCUCCGGCAAAAAAACCCUUGAUUAAAAGAGAAAAACCAGAGGAAACCUGUGCAGCUGUUAGACGAGGCUCAGCAAAGAAAAAAAUUCAUCCAGUACAAGUCAUGAGUGAAUUUAGAGGAAGACACGUCUACUGA